AUGGAUAUCUCCAUGCUGGACUUAAUUCACUGUCAGCUGGCCUACCGGCUUGUGUCAGUGUGUGUGGACGCAGAGGAGGAGAUCCUGGAGCAGAACGACGUCUUGAGGCUGAAGAAGAGCACCUUCGAUGUAGCGCUCAAACGCUUCCCACACCUGCUCGUGCACUUCUAUGCUCCGCUGUCGGGGGAGUCCAUGGGCUCCAUCAUGGAGUUCUCGCGGGCCUCUGCGCUGCUGAAGGAGAGGACGAGCAGAGUCACGCUCGCCGCCGUGGACGUGUCCAAGGAGAAGGAGCUAGCGGAGCAGCUCAACGUCACGGCCGUCCCUUCCAUACGCCUCUACCUUCUGGCUGACAAGCACCACCCUGUACACUGCCCUGCCCUCAGAGACGCUGAGGCCAUCCUGACGUGGCUGAAGAGGAGAGAGGGUCCCAGCGCUGAUGUCAUCGAGGGCCUCGGCCAAUUAAAGGGCUUCCGUGAGUCACAUGACCUGGCAGUAGUGGGACUGUUUAAGGACCUUGAUCAGGGGCCGGUCCAGGUGUUCUUCUCAGUAGCAGCUGAGGUGGCAGAUCUCCCAUUUGCAGUGACACACAGCAGUGACGUCUACACUCACUAUAAGAUCAACACAGACUGUGUGUUAUUGCUCAAGAAGGGUGAGCUGGACAGUAAACUGGACAUGAGCGAUGACAUCACUGAGGAGACGCUCACUGAUUUCAUCAGAAUCCACGAGUUUGAUCUGGUCAUGGAGUACAAUGGAAAGACUGCUCCCCAGAUCCUGAACUCUGUGGUGAAGAAUCACUUGGUGCUCUUCAUCAACAAGACGGAGGGCGACUUCUCACACACACUUAAGGAGUUCCAAAACACCGCCGCACAGUUCAGGGGUCAGGUGCUGUGUGUGCUGAUAGACACAGAUGAGCCGCGUAACGGGCGAGUGACGGAGUUCUUCCGCGUGCGCUUCGAGGACGUCCCGCUGGUGCGGAUGGUCAACAUGACGGACGGACUGCAGUACCAGCUGCACACACACACUCUGGACACACACACACUCACACACUUCACCCAGGACUACCUGCAGCACAAGGCCAAGCCCAGACUGCAGAGUGAGCCUAUUCCGGAAGACUGGGACAAGCAACCUGUGAAGGAGCUGGUGGGACUGAACUUUGAACCCGUCGCCUUCAACGAGAACAAUAAUGUUCUGGUGCUCUUUUACGCACCGUGGAGUGAGGAGAGCCGUGCCCUUUUCCCACUGUGGGAGGAGCUUGCGCACCGCUUCCGUAACCAUGACAACGUGGUGAUCGCCCGGAUCGACGUGACGGCCAACGAUGUCGACAUCAGAAUGUUGGAGAAGCCUCCGUCAAUCAAAAUCUUUCCUGCUGUUCAUGCACAAAGGGUCAUCCCCUACACUGGGGACAGGACAGCAGAUGCUCUGGUGGAGUUUAUGCAGCAGGAGAUGAAGAGAGCAAAGAAGGACAAAGCCAAGGAGGACAAGGAGAGGAAGAAAUAUAUUGAAAAGGUCAAAGCACAAGAAGCAGCUGAGAAGAAAGAUGAACUUUGACCUCUCUCUCACACACACAAACUACCUAAAACACACACUUCCUACGGAAAAACACAAAUCUAUCAACACACACAUAUCAACACUACAUAUAGUACAC